AAAUGCUCAUACGCUGUCCGCGUAGACAACAGAAAUUAGCUAGUGGCGCUUCGCUUUCCAAAACCACAACUACGACUUCUCACAAUCAUAUCUAGCUAGUCAGCUGACUAGUUUUUGAAGCACAGCCAACCUCUCGAACUGGUCCGUCCGCAAACACGUCCUUCCUUAGGAGUGAUUAGACUGCUGCAAAUUCAUCUCAUGCAUUCAUCAGAGAUUCAUAAAGCGACCACCUCGACAUUUUGACACCACCAGCCGACGGCCGAAGUUGUUAUUUCCUAAAAUCCCAAAACCGAAACCAGGCAUUUGUCUAUUAAAGGCUAUCGAGCGCCGCUGAAAGGUUUUUUCGGGCUUCAUCAGUGCGAUGGCGGAGGUUCCAGGUACAUCGAGUGAGACGAUAACGGAGACCGUUCAGACGGGCACACCGCCUCCACCCCAGCAGGAGGGCAGAAGCCUGACCAUCAAGCUCAGGAAAAGGAAGACGGAGAAGAAAGUAGAGUGGUCCAGUGACACGGUGGACAAUGAGCAUCUCGGCCGGCGGUCCUCAAAGUGUUGCUGCAUUUAUGAGAAGCCUCGACAGUUUGGCGAAUCUUCCUCGGAAAGCGAGGGUGAUGACGAGGAGGGUUGCGGGAGCGCGCAUUGCAUUCUGGGACAUGGGAGAAGAGGCCAUGGACAAAGAGAGGGCGGAGGGACCACAGUGCCACCUAGUUCUGGGGGAACAAACCCUCACUAGAUGUAAACGCCAGUGGGAGAGCUGUUUUGGAGGGAAGGGAAAAGGGCGGCGUGGGCACUACAUUCAUAAUCCCUCAUCCUCACUCACACUCCAUUACAUCACAUCAUCACUGGGUGUCAAAAGCUUCUUUUUUUGAUGAAUGAAAGCUUGAAGAGCAAUGCAAUGUGAUUUGUUUUCUUCACAGUCAUUAACGGGAUGACUUGGAGAAGACUUUGCGAUCUGAAUGCUGCCGGAAAAUUCACGUUUGUUGUACAUAGGCAUUGGCUUUUAUUUCUUUUUGUAAAAAUCUAUAUUUAUUUCUUUAUGUUAACAACACGAUCUUACCGGUUCUGUGUCCACAACCGUUUUAAUGAAUCGAAAAACCUUCAAAUCUAAGGUUACACCGACUUUAGUCGAAUUUAAAAGGAAUAAAAAAGGAAUUUUAUAUCAAAUAAAAAAUUGCCUUGCGGUGUCACAAUUCUAGCAGCAGUAUUUCUUCAUAUCACUUGAGGAAAUUGAAGCGUUAUAUGUGUUGUGUGCUAUAGUGAAUUUCAAUAAAUGAAUAAAUACAAA